GUCCGCGCUCACCGUGACGACUGGGAGGCCGAGCGCUGUGAGAAGCGCGCCACGCAGACCGCCCUCGCUGAGGCACAAGCCAGGACAGCACUUCUGCUGCACGAACUACAGCUGCUGCAAGCCAAGCUAACGGAGAGUGAGAGCAAGAGGGGCUUAUGUUGGCGGUGUGUGCUGCCGCGAGGUGGUGAUCACGGAGGUGGGGGCGGUGGUGGUUGUGGAGGGCGGGGCACUACCACCACAACCACCACCGCCCCACCACCACCACCACCGCCACCACCAUCACCGUCGUCGAUAACAACUACCAGUACUACCAGCACCACCCAAAGCACAACCACCCAGGCCUCUCCCGUUACGGCGCCUCUACCAACUUCAUCACCAUCUCCAGCGCCACCAACACCUCCGACGCAUGACCUGCCUCAGGCCCCACUGAAGGGUUGGAUUCCAGUCUCUAUGUUGCACCAGAUUGCCUUUAGUGGUGCUACCCCGGAGCACCAGACGCCAGUAGUCCAAGACCACAAGCGCUCCCAGCAGCCGUCCAGAGCUCCGAUUCAACAUCACCGUCACCAGCAGCAUCAUCAGCAGGGAAAGGGGCAGGGACAAACAGGAAGUAGUGUACUAACACCCCGACCCACAACUCUCAACACCAACAGCAGUGUCAAGAGAGGUGAGGUGGACCUCCAGUUGGGAUUGGAAUAUGCUAUUCCUCGUGGCAGUGGCAGCGAAAGUAAAGUACUCAGUCCGAGAACCUGUGCGCCAGAGACCAAGAACCUGGUUAUAGGGACGACAGACGACAAGAAAAAAUAUGAAGCCAUGGGGGCCCGACCCAAAAUUCUAGGCAACCUACAGAGCGUAGCAGGUAAAGGUCUAGGCUUGCUGGAAGACGAGAAGACAGCUAAACACCGAGCACGUUCCAUCUUGGCAAGUGCAAUACCAGUGUCACCUGUGUCCAGUGGUCCUUCCAUGCCGUGUGGCUCCAGCAUCAUGAAAAGUCCGUCCGUGCCUAAUAUGCCAAAAGGUUACAUGCCCAUUACCUCCACUGUUCUCACCCCAAUCAACUUUCGAUCACCCUUUGUGGCACACAAGCGGCCCUCAACCAUGAAACAGGUGGCUCAAGCAGCCCAAAUUGCCCUCCAAAUCUCAUCUUCAUCCAGCAGCUCUUCCACCUCCUCUACUCACGGACGAAAUGGAUCUUCGGCAGCCUCCAUCGGUGGCGCGCUCACCACUACCAGUCCUACCAGUGGCUGUCACACCACACCCACAACAAAACAUAUCCUAGCUAGUGACACUAUUAACACAGUUGGUACAAAAGAUAAUAAACAGAUCAAUAACAUGGUAAUAACUAGCCAGGACGACAGGGUUAAGUCCCCCACUACCACAAAUCAAGAAAACAAUGUGAAAAAUGGCAAUAGCGAGAAAAACGAGCCAGAUAUCAAUACACCAUCAACAGCAGGAAGUAGAAAAGGAGAUAUCAGUUCUUCCACUGCCAUAAAAAGAGGACAGUCGUCGGAGGGAACGCUAGCAGUCUCCAGUAUUUCUUGUUCUAGUCCAACUACAACCCUCCCUUGUACAAAUACUUCCGGUAACACCUUUAUCACAUCUUCUUCCAACGUGACUGCCGUCACCACGACAGUGUCUUGCUCCAGCCUAGCAUCCCUCACUACCACUACUACCACCUCAUCAUUACCCAGUCUAAUUGCUUCUAGUGUCAAUGCUGAGACUUUUUCUUCUGGAAUGGCUGGUUAUAAUUCCGUUAGUAGCGUUCAUUGUCAACCUUCCUGUGGUAACACGACAACUUUUCAGUCAUCAUCUCAGUCUAGCAAAGUGUCUCUAAAAUCCACUACCAGCACCACGUCAUCUCCCACAGUCUCCACUGAUACUGUAUCAAGUCCUUCCGCAGACAUCACUGUGGUGUCUCAAAACACAACCAGUAAUGCAAAUAGUGCUAAUAUAUCAUCAAUCUCUCAGAACUUCCCUAGAACUGACUUACCUUCCGAGACCUCCUACAUUAACACCACGAGUUCCCAGUCUUCUAGUACUUCCAGCAACACGACAGCCUUUGCAUCUAUCACCGUCACCACUACAGCCACAGGAACCAAUAUCCCGCCUGCGGCUUCAACUUAUUCUUCAGCCACGUCGUCCCGCUCCUCGUCACCUGGAAUUUCCCUCACCACUUUCGGCCUAAACUCAGAAGGUCGAGGCAUCCCUGGAACCAUAUUCUUUGCUUUGGGCUCCGACCAAAGGGGUGUCCGCAGCCCACAGCCAUGCACAUCCCCACGACCCUCCAACUCUUCUCUGGGUGUGAAGAGUCCCACUCCCGAAUCUGUGACUGCUCCAAAAACACAGAGAGACACACUGCCACCCUCGGGAGUCAAAAGUCCUCCAAUAAUUGUCAAUAGCUGCCUCGGACCAACCACUGUUAAGGAGGAACACUGGUGGUCGGUGGAGAGUCCUGGUAGGCCACAAGGUCAAGGCAAAGUAGUUAAUUCCACCUGGGUGAGGCUCAUGGGAGGUCAAGCAAACAGUCGCCAGGGUUCAGGUCUACCUUGGCGGACCGCUCGGGCCGUGUCUGGUCAGCAGCUGAACCAGGCACGGCGGGCCUCUCACGACGACUAUACAAACGGCCCUGUGUCGCCCAACACGUCGUCGUCAACGGCAACUUUCAACUACACCCCCGCCGUGAACUCUCCCCCGUCGUCCACAUUGUCGUCCGCCACUAACUCCGCCGCUUCCUCACCUCCACCCACACUCCACCACAGAUCCAGUGACGACCUCAAGUCAAUGGCCUCAAAGAAUAUUGCCUCAGCCAUUAUAAGUUAUGAGCUGGGGACUAAAUGUGAGGGAACAGGGAGUGGGACGGGAUCUUCCGGAGCCCAGAGCAGCAGCAGCGACGGAGUGGCCACCCUCACCCGUAAACACCUUGUCUGUCCAUCCUGCCAGAUGCUCUUCCCGCCAGAUAAACAUAUCAAUUUCCUUGAUCACUUCGAGGUCUGCCACGGCCCUGAGUAUGCCGAUCUCUGAGCAACAAUAUGUUAAGUAACGUUGAGGAAUGGCAACCAAGUCCAACCAACUACUCCGCGGUGGAAACACAAACAACAAUCCUACAUGUCUUCCAUAUUAUCCUUGAACUUAUUUCGCUUGUAUUAAUACAUAAGCAUUACAAGUGUUGUAGAGAUAAACAUUUAGUGAUAAUGUGUACAAGAGAGAGAUUAUAUUGUGACAGAGCAACCCAUCCUUCAGUAUAAACUGUGAACUACUUACUAGGUACUCACCAGAUCUGAAACCGAAGGAGAACUGGAGGGGGAGGAGUAGGAGGGCACUGCUUUGAGGGGGAGAACAAGGAUUUUGAGGCACUCUGCUUGGGAAGGGCACUCUGCUCUUCGUCAACACGUAAUACCUCAUACCCACGCAUUAAGUUUCAGUCUGUGAAAGCUGAACACCUCACAUAUGACUUUCACAUAUCUACAUAACCUUCCAAGCUGAUGCCUGGCUAAACUGGCUUCAGAGGCAACUUCGGGCAGCUCCGGGGACGUCUAGGCACCUCCAGGUACCUCCAGGUACCUCCAGGCAUCCCUCACCUGCUCUCCACACUCACCUCACUGCUCCUCUCUCACCCUCUGCUCUCUCCCUGUCUACUCCCUGUCAGAUUCCUGUCAACUACCUGUCCACUCCUAGCAACACCACAUUCCCAGUUCCAUCUCUUUGGCUCUAAGAAAUAUCGAUUAUUAUCAUUAUUAAUUAUUAUUAUUAUUAUCGUUAUUAAUGUUGAUUUUAUUAUUAUUAUUAUUAUUAUUAUUAUUAUUAUUAUUAUUAUUAUUAUUAUUAUUAUUAUUAUUAUUAUUAUUAUUAUUAUUAUUAUUAUUAUUAUUAUUGUUAUUAUUAUUAUUAAAUUAUUAUAUUCUUAGGAAAGUGCUAAUUCCUCAUGGGUCAUACAAUGUCGUACACAUUUUAAACUAAAAGAAUGAAAUUGAUAUAAAUAGUUUAUUAGUUAUUACUCUCGUGAGGGCAGCGCUAAACCUUCAUGGGCCACAAUCACCCAUACAGAAAAGAAAGGAGAAGUAGGGUGUAAUUCCUUGGAUCAAGAGUUCUUCGGCCGCUAUAAAGACCCCCCUCACGUGAGGGAGUGGCUUAUUAACAUUAAUCUAAAUACAAUUUAUAUUUUUGUAUUAAGUUUAAUGUGUAUCAGAGAUACAGUCACCUCCACAACCCUCCGUCGUUAUAUUUCAAGAAAAUAAAGAAUUAGACACUUGUGCAACAUUUGGGUUUCUCGUAGACGUUUCGCCCUGCAGGGGCUUCAUCAGUACGUUAGAUGGACAUAAAUUGAAGAAAUUGGUAAUAUAUAGAGCAGUCAGCAGAAGAUGAGGCAAUCAGUCCCUCAGCCCAGGAGAUAUUAACUUUUGUCAAUUGACUGGAACAAUCUGACAGGAAAUCUUGACUCCAGUGACUUUCUUGAUACUAUCCAGGAUUGUGUUUGAAACAUUGUGAUGAACCUAACUGGAAGAAACAACCUGCUUGGUCCUUGUUGUGAUGAGCACCGUAGGUGCACCUGUGUCUGAGUCAUCAUGCCGUGAUGAGCACCGUAGGUGCACCUGUGUCUGAGUCAUCAUGCCGUGAUGAGCACCGUAGGUGCACCUGUGUCUGAGUCAUCAUGCCGUGAUGAGCACCGUAGGUGCACCUGUGUCUGAGUCAUCAUGCCGUGAUGAGCACCGUAGGUGCACCUGUGUCUGAGUCAUCAAGCCGUGAUGAGCACCGUAGGUACAUCUGUGUCUGAGUCAUCAUGCAGUGAUGAGCACCGUAGGUGCACCUGUGUCUGAGUCAUCAUGCCGUGAUGAGCACCGUAGGUACACCUGUGUCUGAGUCAUCAAGCCGUGAUGAGCACCGUAAGUCCACCUGUAUCUGAGUCUUCAUGCCGUGAUGAGCACCGUAGGUGCACCUGUGUCUGAGUCAUCAUGCCGUGGUGAGCACCGUAGGUGCACCUGUGUCUGAGUCAUGCCGUGAUGAGCACCGUAGGUGCACCUGUGUCUGAGUCAUCAUGCCGUGAUGAGCACCGUAGGUGCACCUGUGUCUGAGUCAUCAUGCCGUGAUGAGCACCGUAGGUACACCUGUGUCUGAGUCAUCAUGCCGUGAUGAGCACCGUAGGUAUACCUGUGUCUGAGUCAUCAUGCCGUGAUGAGCACCGUAGGUGCACCUGUGUCUGAGUCAUCAUGCAGUGAUGAGCACCGUAGGUACACCUGUGUCUGAGUCAUCAUGCCGUGAUGAGCACCGUAGGUGCACCUGUGUCUGAGUCAUCAUGCCGUGAUGAGCACCGUAGGUACACCUGUGUCUGAGUCAUCAUGCCGUGAUGAGCACCGUAGGUACACCUGUGUCUGAGUCAUCAUGCCGUGAUGAGCACCGUAGGUGCACCUGUGUCUGAGUCAUCAUGCAGUGAUGAGCACCGUAGGUGCACCUGUGUCUGAGUCAUCAUGCCGUGAUGAGCACCGUAGGUGCACCUGUGUCUGAGUCAUCAUGCAGUGAUGAGCACCGUAGGUGCACCUGUGUCUGAGUCAUCAUGCAGUGAUGAGCACCGUAGGUACACUUGUGUCUGAGUCAUGCCGUGAUGAGCACCGUAGGAACACCUGUGUCUGAGUCAUCAUGCCGUGAUGAGCACCGUAGGUACACCUGUGUCUGAGUCAUCAUGCCGUGAUGAGCACCGUAGGUGCACCUGUGUCUGAGUCAUCAUGCAGUGAUGAGCACCGUAGGUGCACCUGUGUCUGAGUCAUCAUGCAGUGAUGAGCACCGUAGGUACACUUGUGUCUGAGUCAUGCCGUGAUGAGCACCGUAGGAACACCUGUGUCUGAGUCAUCAUGCCGUGAUGAGCACCGUAGGUACACCUGUGUCUGAGUCAUCAUGCCGUGAUGAGCACCGUAGGUACACCUGUAUCUGAGUCAUCAUGCCGUGAUGAGCACCGUAGGUACACCUGUAUCUGAGUCAUCAAGCCGUGAUGAGCACCGUAGGUACACCUGUAUCUGAGUCAUCAUGCCGUGAUGAGCACCGUAGGUACACCUGUGUCUGAGUCAUCAUGCAGUGAUGAGCACCGUAGGUACACCUGUGUCUGAGUCAUCAUGCCGUGAUGAGCACCGUAGGUACACCUCUAUCUGAGUCAUCAAGCCGUGAUGAGCACCGUAGGUACACCUGUAUCUGAGUCAUCAUGCAGUGAUGAGCACCGUAGGUACACCUGUAUCUGAGUCAUCAUGCCGUGAUGAGCACCGUAGGUACACAUGUGUCUGAUUCAUCAUCUUGUCGGUACUAAAUACCAAUAAUAAACUAAAGAAAGAAUCCACUGAGGCUUCCACCUGGACAUCGAUCCAUCGUUAACAAUCAAGGUCCCACCGAGACAAUUUUCGAUCAAAAGUGAAGAUAAAAGUGGUUAUUACGACAUUCUCAUUGUUAUUCUCAUUGUUAUUUCUAAAUUUAUUAAUUAAACUUCCUGAAUCAUCCGUCCAUCUAACACAACUGUGUAAUGUGUAUAAUGGAUUUAACUUAUCCCCGCCUACACAUCCUGACAACACCAGUUGACAGAACUAAUGAUAUAAGGCUUGAAUGUAAAUAUGCAAUACUUUUAUCUUUUAAGUACAAGGAACACCAUUAAACAAUUUAUAUCACUUCUGCCAGUGCCUAUUCGUCACGAAUUCUAAACUCCCCGGUUAUUAUUUAGGUUAUCGUCUCCCCUCCUCCCCACCUACUCCUCCUCCCCACCUACUCCUCCUCCCCACCUACUCCUCCUCCCCACCUACUCCUCCUCCCCACGUUAUAUGAUUUAGUGGUGAACGAUGGUGUUUAAAUUACUAUACUUAUCGAACUAGAUAAGGGAAAACAUUGAUUCCCAUUGAUCCUUUCUCACAGAGUUGUUGUUGUUAGUCUGAGAGCCACAAGCUGGACUCCAGACGUCCUCCCUCCAGAGCCACAAGCUGGACUCCAGACGUCCUCCCACCAGAGCCACAAGCUGGACUCCAGACGUCCUCCCUCCAGAGUCACAAGCUGGACUCCAGACGUCCUCCCUCCAGAGCCACAAGCUGGACUCCAGACGUCCUCCCUCCAGAGCCACAAGCUGGACUCCAGACGUCCUCCCUCCAGAGCCACAAGCUGGACUCCAGACGUCCUCCCUCCAGAGCCACAAGCUGGACUCCAGACGUCCUCCCUCCAGAGCCACAAGCUGGACUCCAGACGUCCUCCCUCCAGAGCCACAAGCUGGACUCCAGACAUCUUCCCUCCAGAGCCACAAGCUGGAAUCCAGACGUCCUCCCUCCAGAGCCACAAGCUGGACUCCAGACGUCCUCCCUCCAGAGCCACAAGCUGGACUCCAGAUGCCCUCCCACCAGAGCCACAAACUGGACUCCAGACAUCUUCCCUCCAGCGUCACAAGCUAGAUUCCAGACGUCCUCCCUCCAGAACCAUAAGCUGGACUCCAGACAUCUUCCCUCCAGAGUCACAAACUGGACUCCAGACGUCCUCCCUCCAGAGCCAUAAGCUGGACUCCAGACAUCUUCCCUCCAGAGUCACAAACUGGACUCCAGACGUCCUCCCUCCAGAGCCAUAAGCUGGACUCCAGACAUCUUCCCUCCAGAGUCACAAACUGGACUCCAGACGUCCUCCCUCCAGAGCCAUAAGCUGGACUCCAGACAUCUUCCCUCCAGAGUCACAAACUGGAUUCCAGACGUCCUCCCUCCAGAGCCACAAGCUGGACUCCAGACGUCCUCCCUCCAGAGUCCUCAACACCAGCCACUCUUCCUUCGCUGCUUCCCUACUUGAAGACACAGAAACACAUUUUAUAAUUACUCUACAAUAAUUUAGACACUUUUCUGUUGUAUAUUACUGUAAUAAAAGCAUUAUCAAAA